AUGGCUGCCAACGAGCUCGAAUCGGUACCCCCAGCGCUCUUUAAGGAGACCUUCUCGCAUAUACCGACCUCGUCGGACGAUUACUCGGACGACAUUGACGAGUUUGAUGACUCGCGGCUACCACCAGUUGACGGAGGAUACCAAGCAUGGCUAUUUCUAGCGGCUUGUUUCAUGGUGGAAGGUAUAGGGCUGGCUUACCUGCCCACACCCAUUGUUAUCGCCAUCAUGUUUGCAUUCCCGCGAGCUCGGCGCUGGUUUUCGACCGCGGGAUUCGUCAUCAUGUGUCUGGCGCUGGGACUGAGUUCGUUCUCGACAAGCGUCACCCACUUGAUCAUGUCGCAGGGAGUGGCAUAUGGGAUCGGGGGUUGUCUAGCCUACACCCCGUCCAUCCUCUUCCUAUCCGACUGGUUCGUCGAGAAGAAAGGCCUCGCCUUCGGCAUCGUCUGGAGCGGCUCCGGCCUCACAGGCAUCCUCUUCCCGCUCAUCCUCCAAACCCUCCUCAACCGCUACGGCUGGCAAACCACUCUCCGCGCCUGCUCCAUCGCGCUCUUCCUCCUCGCCGCCCCCUUCAUGACCUUCCACAAGCCCCGCGUCCCCAUCCGCCACUCGCACCUCCGCCAGCUCAGCCUCCGCUUCCUCUUGGACAAAGUCUACCUGAUCUACCAGCUCGGCAACACAAUGCAAGCCAUCGGCUUCUGGAUCCCCUCCAUUUUUCUAACCUCGUACGCCCGCACCCUCGGCGCAAGCGACUUCCUCGCCUCCCUCACCGUCACCCUCUUCAACCUCAUGACCGUCUUCGGCUGCAUCUUCACCGGCUACUUCGCCGACCGCCACCACGUCACCAAAUGCAUCCUGCUUUCCUCGGCGGGGGCUGUCGCUUCCGUCUUCCUCCUCUGGGGGCUAGCCACGCACAUGGCCACCCUGUACAUCUUCUGCAUUGUGUAUGGGUUCUUCGCGGGGGGAUACUCGUCCUCGUGGUCGGCGCUGUCGCACGAGGUGCAGAAGAGUGAGCGCUCAGCGCAUGUGAGCAUGGUGUUUGCGUUUCUGGAGACGGGCCGCGGCGUCGGGAAUGUGGUUAGUGGGCCGUUGAGCGAGGCGCUGCUGAAGGUGGGUGGGUGGAAGGGGGACGCGUUUGGCGCGUAUGGAACUGAGUAUGGGGUGUUGGUUGUGUUGACUGGGGUGACGGCGUUUCUGGGCGGGUUUGCGUCCAUGGCGAGGAUGUUUCGGUGGAUUUGA